CGGUAGGGGUCAGAAGUGAGGCGGCGUGUGUUCGGGCCUGUCACUCAUCAGACAGCAGAAGCAGCAGAAAUGAUCGCACUGAACCCCGGAAGUGUGUGUGACCCUCAUCAUUAUUUCUCACCUAUGAAACCCUUUAAACAGUCUGAGAAAUGAAAUGAUCUCUUUAUAUGUGCCCAUCGCUCACCUGAGAAUCACAGCUGGUGAAUAAAAUCUCAUUUUGGAGGCGGCUCCAGACUGUAGAUGCCUUUGAGUUCAAACCCAACAGGGUUCGAGAGGAUGUCAUUGUGAGGGACGCUCUGUGUGGAGAGAAUGCAGUCUUCAGGACACCGGUUGAGGGAUGUGGAGCAGCACCAGCCCCUGCUCAGCGGAGGGGAGGAGGAGGUGGCUGCCGGCCGCGUCUGGUUCAUCCAGGACAGCUGCGGGAUGGUGUGCGCCUUCAUGACCUGGUUUCUGGUUAUGUACGCAGAAUUUGUGGUGAACUUUGUCAUGUUGCUCCCCUCCAAAAGCUUCUGGUACUCUCUCAUUAACGGCGUGGCAUUUAACUUCCUGGCUGUGUUGGCGCUGACGUCGCACCUGCGAACCAUGCUGACAGAUCCGGGAGCUGUUCCCAAAGGUAACGCCACUAAAGAAUACAUGGAGAGUCUGCAGCUGAAGCCAGGAGAGGUCAUCUACAAGUGUCCAAAAUGCUGCAGCAUUAAACCAGAGAGAGCACACCACUGCAGUAUCUGUAAGAGAUGCAUCAGGAAGAUGGAUCACCACUGUCCUUGGGUCAACAACUGUGUGGGCGAGAACAAUCAGCGAUUCUUUGUCCUCUUCACUAUGUACAUAGCCUCCAUUUCAUUGCAUGCACUGUGUCUCAGCGGUUUCCAUUUCUUCACCUGUGUCAAAGUCCAGUGGAAUGAGUGUAGUGAUUUCUCCCCACCUGUGGCAGUCUUGCUGCUGAUUUUCCUGUGUCUGGAAGCGCUGCUGUUUCUCACCUUCACUGCUGUCAUGUUCGGCACUCAGAUUCACUCCAUCUGUAAUGAUGAGACGGAAAUCGAGCGGUUGAAGAACGAAAAGCCCACAUGGGAGCGGCGGGUGCGAUGGGAGGGGAUGAAGGCUGUUUUCGGUGGCCCACCCUCUCUGCUUUGGUUCAACCCUUUUGCUGGACUCCGGCUUCAGCGCCUGCUGAUGGUUCGUGCCCGGAAGGGCGGGGCCGAGUUCUCAGUUUGAGUGAAGAAUGCUGUCUGUAAAGGCAUGUCCAUCUGCCUUCAUGCCUAUUACCCCACUCACAUAGGACAUAGGAGUCCUUCCUUAAUGCUGAUGCAGGUUUGGAGAUACUACAGUGAAAACCUGUGAAAUAACUGAUGUCGCCCUUGGAACAAUGAGGCUACGUCUCGAUACAGCCUGUCUGUGUCCACACAUUAUUACCUCGUUAGGCGGAUCAUACUUGUUAUGCUCAUAUUUUCUUCAUGAACAUUCACACUCAUGGGUUUUUGAUUUGCUUUUUAAGUGGUCUAUUUUUGUUAUUUGGAAAUUUAUGGAACAGUUAAAGGAUGUCAGUAUCCGUUAUCCAGCCUGAUGAAACUACAUCUUGUGAUUUAAGUAGAGCUACUGUGUGAUAAAAAUAAUGGCUAACAUGCAAUGGUUAUUUAAAGAAAUAGAUCAUAAACCAAAUGAAAUCCGCAAAAGAUUUUUUGGGGGAAUUUCACAAAAACUGUCAGGAAAUGUCAGUGUUCAUAUAUCACCUCAAAGUCAAAAGGGGAAAAAAAGAAGAUAAAGAGGCCCAUUACAAUUUUUUGCAUUAAAAGAAAAAAUCUCAUUUGCAUUAUUGUAAUGUGAAAAAUAGAUGAUCUAUUAUUUAAAAAUGUAAAGUAUUUAUAUAUAGUAUUUGUUGUACUGAAUUUAAUUUAUGCUGAUUUUAAUGUCAUUAAUUCAAUAAUGACAAUGAGAUUUUUUUCAUACUACAUAAAUAAGAAUUGCUUAAUUAUAAAGAAAAUGUCAAAUUGCACAAAAAUCUUAAUGGCAGAUAAAAUAGGCUUUAUUUUCUUUAUGUAAAGUAUCAUUUAUAGACUUUUUUUUCCUUUUGAUGUUAGUGUGAAAUAUGAGCAGGACAUUUCCUGAGAUUUACUCUCUUAGGUGUUAAGUGCUUGCGGCUGGUUUAGUCACCUUAUCUUUAGCGCGUAACCUAAAUGAAGAAGUCAUUUUAAAAUCGUCUCGUCUUCAUGUAUUGUAUAGAUAAUAAUAGCCUCAUUCCGUAGUCUUGAAAUUAAUGCCAAUCCCACAAAGAACUUGAAUGGAUGAUGUGACUAUAUAUAAUUCUUACAUUGACCUUAGGUAGCUCUGUGAGAUAAAUAAAGACAAAUCACAUUAUGGCAUACAUAAUUAAAGGAUGCCCUCCGUGCACACGAGGCCCACAGUGCUGAGCCAGGAACUCUAAUUAACGUGUAGAUCACAAAUUUAACACACGGCAGUGACAUUGGCGGGUACCAUCCAUGUAGUGGGACUUUGCGAACUCUUCGUAAGUCAAACGAAUAUGCUGCACAAUUCACAGAGGCUGACUAUCACUUUGUUUUAUACUGUUUCUUGUUGCUUCGUGGUUCAUUGUCCUCACUUUUAUGCUUUUUACCUUUAGCUUAGAGAAUCGUUUCAUGGUGACCACUAAGUUUUCCUUAUGGAAAAUAUUUUCAUCAUACAAAGCUGGAACUCGUUUGGCACGGUCGACACGAUGUGUGUGUGUUGCUUCGAUUUCAAGGGAAUCUCACAAAACCUGUCAAGACCAUCUUCGUGUCAUUUUUAUUCUUAAAUGAAAAGAUAAAAACAAGGAAUUACAUUUUGCAUAAAGACUCAAAUCUAUUUUAGGCUAUUAUAUUCUCAAUAUAAUGCAAAAAACAUAAAGUUAAACAUAUAGUUUUCAAAUAAUGAGAAUAAUGUCACAAUGCCAAAAGUCUAUAUUUAUGAUAAUAAGGAUUUAAUUUUCUUCAUGUAAUAUGUAAUUUUCUAUUUUUUUCUGUUGAUUUUGAAGUAAAAUAUGUCCUGGAUAUGCUCUCGACUGGCUUUGUGAGAUUUGCCCUACUGUAUUAUUAGAACAUUUAUUGCUUUUAUUUAAAAAAUAUAUUCAAAAUAUAUAAAAAAUAAUGGCAGUACAUGAGAAUUAUAUCACAGCACUAAAAGGUGAGUUUAGAUGGGUCUAGAUAGAGUUUAAGAGACUUGAAAACUACUCCAUAUUUACCAAGCAGAAGAGAUACAUAUACGUGUUAACAGUCUUGGAUAUUAUGUUUACAAUACUGGCUGUUUUCAAGCAUUCAUACGAAUAUAUGAUGAUGCUUUGGUUCUGGUAUCACAGCCAUCCAACAAGUCCAGUGUAGAAGAUGAGGCUAAAUGCAUUUUUUUUUUUUAUCACAAAUGACUGGAGAUAAAGGGAUAUGGAAAUUUGAGCCAGUCUGACAAUUGAUUCUUUCAUAUCUAUGAUGCCAGAUAAAUGAUUUAUAGAUCAAAUAAUACAACAAAACUAGUUCUAAAUGUUACUGUUGCCAUUAAAGUGUAAUUCCAGCAUUUUAUUUGUUAGAAAAAGUAAUGAGUUUGUGUGCCAAUUUUGUUAUGCAUCAUUUAUGUAACGAAUAUGACAAUGAAAUCUUCUUUUACACAUUCCCUUCGCAUUAUUAUGAAGAUAACUGGCUUUUCAUACAAACCAUCAGACGGUUCAUGCAGUGGAAUUUAGAUUGGACUGAAUGGUGUAAUUUAUUUUUUAUUUUAAAGAAAUGUUUCUACACAAAGUCUACCAGUCAUUAAUUUUCUGUAAAGGGAAUAUGUACUAUAUGCAAGCCCUGAAGAUCAUGUUUUGAAAUUGAUAUGAGAGGACUUGCCUUUUAUCAGCACAUCACUAAGAAUGUAUCUCAUGCUUUUUAUACCUUGUUUUAAUUGGGUAGAAGAGGGAGUUAUUUUCUUUGCGUUAGAAUAAUUAGAGUUUUGCAUUCUGUACUAUUAUUACUACUACUGCAACAGUAUUUGCCUGACCUCAACUCUAUUUUUAAAACAUGCUUAGACUUCUAGAUAUUACUUGACUGUAAAAGCUGAGGGAUGUUUGCUCUUAAAUGACCUUCAUUAACCUCAAAUAGCAUUAGGGAUUACACUAUUGCAUAUGUUAUCAGACCUUUUGAAAUUUCUUGGUUGUUGAACCAAGUUACCAUUAACAAAAGCUAGAAACUUUGUCUCCAACUUUCACCUUUUCUCCACGUUAGAUCUUUAUAGUGCUGCAGAUUUCACUGAAACGGGUCAUUAUAGCCCAAAAUGUCUCAAAGCUUCAAGCUCAUUUUAACAGUGUCUGAACUUGGAAUGUUGGAAACAGGGUUUACGGUCACAAAGCAAAGAUUAUGAAAUUAUGUCUGUAAUAAAUGGUGUAAACAAAUAUUGUUCUGAUACUUUCAAGUGUCAUAAAGUUAUGUUCUUUCUUAUGUAAAGUUCUUUUACAUAAUAAAGUCAUUAGAUUUAAAAACUA